CUCCCUUUGGGCGGGAAAACGGCGCCUCGUGAGCAACUCCCGCCCCCCCUCCGCCAUUUCGCACCUCCUCGUCCGUGGCAACGCUGAGGAUUGGGAAAGAAGUAGCUCAAGUUCUUCCCAAAGGCAGCCGGCUCCUUUCUCUUCGUGAACCAGCGUGUCACAGCCAAAUCACUGGACAAGCAUACAGUCUGCUGAACAGCAUUUGGAUGAAAUGGAACCGCCACCAAGAAUGAUUCCCAGACGUAGGCCAUGUGAUGCGCUGGGGAGCCCUGUCAGCCUGGAGGAGCAGGUGCUCAUCUCCACAUUCAGAGCGUGUGACCUGGAAAAGACAGGAAAGGUUCCCGUGGCUCAGAUCCUGUCAUACAUCGAGGCCGUGUCCGGGCAGGGCGCCGGGGACGCCCGGCUGCAGUCUCUGGCCAGCCAGCUGGACCCCGAGCGAAAGGGGGCCUCUGUCGACCUUCGGACCUUCCUCGCCGUCACCGGGGACUGGAUCUCCUACUGCCAGCAGUACAGGGGGCCCGAGCACGCCGAGGAGGCAGAGGAGGGAGCCACGGUCUCCACUGACCUCCUGCCAUCUGGGACUCUGAAUCAUUCAGACAUUGCCCAACUGGAGAGUUAUGGUGGAGAAGACCUCAGAGCUGCAUCCCCAAAUGAGGCCGAGCUCCGGAGCAGCAUUGAAGACCUGGAGUUCAACAACCGAAGACUCGUGGGGGAGAAUGAGAAGUUACAAAGGGCAGUGGAGGUUGCAGAGGAAGUCGGGGCCCGGCUGGGUGAGGAGAUCUCCACCCUGGAGAAGAAACUGAGGAGCUCCCAGCAGGCCCUCCAAGUGGCCAAGUACCGGGACGAGGAACUGGAAGACAUGAAAUCUCUGGCCAAGAGCCUACAGGAAGAGAAUCGAGGCCUGCAGGCCCAAGCCCGGCACUCGGAAAGAGAGCAGCAGCAGUUUGUGGCCGAGGUGGAGACGCUCCGGGAGCAGAAUGGGAAACUACUGGCAGAGCAAGAGGGAGUGAAGAUGAAGAGCGAGUUGCUGGCCGCCGAGAGGAUGGCUCUGAAGCGCCAGCUGUGUGAGUACCAGACCCUCAUCUGCCACAGAGACAGCGUCCUCUUGGAGAGAACAAGCCAGACAGAAGAUCUAACGGAAACUGUGGAGCAGUAUCGAGCUACAAUCCAGGAAUUGAAGUCCGAGAUUGGCCACCUAGAAGAAAAACUCCUCCUGAGUCAGGGAGGCGUGGAGAGCUGGACGAGGGACCCACCAGAGGUGGGAGAGAGAGCCCCACAGUCCAUGUUCUUGGAGAUCGAAGCCACCCAGUUGAGCCUGGAGCUGGAGCUGCCCAGCCCACUGUGCGGGGCGCUGCCCGACGGGACGCCCUCCAAGCCAGCCAAGGCGGGAGACUUCAGUGAAGAGGAGCUGUCUCUGGAGCAGGGAGACCAAGAGGGGAGAACAACGUCUCACCCCGAAGCCGUGGGCCCCGAGGAGACAAGAAGAGACACGGAAAGCCCAGCCCUGACCGGGCCCUUAGUGCCGGUACAAAACCAAGUGGCCCCAGUGAGGCGGAGGACCUGGAAGCAGCUUCAUCCCGACCCCCAGGCCCCUCCGGACCACAGGGCCUCGCCCCAGCCUCCGCUCCUAGGCCUGCUGCUUCUGUUCCUGCUGCUGCUGUCGCUGCUGCUCCUUUCGCUGCCCAGGACCCCGGCCCCACCCAGGAGGCCGGCCUGGCCCCACCUGCAGCUGCACUAUCUGCAGCCUCCCCCAGUGUGAGCGGGCCCGUGACACCCCAGGGCUCCGGUGGCUCCGGCUGGAAUAAAACUUGGUUG